AUGGCUUUUAUACAAGGCAUGACAUUACUUAGUUCCUUUCUGACUUGCAAACUGAACCGAAUCACUCAUGACUUUUCUAUCUUUCUGCUAGAUCCUAUCACUCUCGGUCUCGUCCGCGACGACUACCCUUGCGACAUUGCGCGCAACUCUUCGGAACGCACUGAAUGGAACGACAUGCCCAAGGAAUCAUACGUGCCGAUUGGCAUCGACGACCUGUUCGACUGGGUCAAGCUCCAGGAACUUACCUAUUCGUCGGAUCCCUCGCGGAAAUGGGAGAUUGUGCACGUACCCCGUCCGAUGAGCGACAGUUCACCGGGUCGUGUAUCUCUCCAACGUAUGACCAUCCGCGUCUUCGGCAUCGUUGGGAAUCUCAAUCUAAUGAAUCUAGGAAACUGGGAUAGAACUGAAGCCGGCGCUGCAAAGGCGAUGCAGUUCAUCUCCCUCAGAGCAGGUCCCUUCCAACUGCAGUUCACUGCACAGCAAGCAGCACUCUCCGAUCUUCGAAAGAUGGUCUUCAAGCUUCUCGGAGAGCACGAACCGACCAACGGAUACAAUCCCGAUGAAAUGUUCUUUCACCGAAGGGCGCUCAAUAAGGUUGAUGGCUACGGUUUCCAGCGUCCUCUUGCGCCCCUCGAUUCUGAUGAGGCUCGCCUCGCAUCCAUCGCCAGCCGCUGGACCCCGGCAACAUCGCCUUCAUACGGCCGGAAAAUCCACGACGGAUCCAUCAAGAGGAGUAGUCCUGGAGUUUUUAACCGCGGUGACUUUGUCGACGUUACCGCAGCAAUCGACAUCGCAUCACUCGGAAGAUCGCCCAGGGAUCGCAAGACAAACGUCCAUUUCUCUUUCACUCGGAUUGUACUCGGCCAAUCCGUUCCAAAUGCAGCUGAUGUUCCGGACAUCGAAGAUCAAACGCUCGACUUUGAAGAGGAGAUAGAUGAUGACUCGAUCCAAUAA